CGUCUUUAAGAAAGCCCCCUAGACAACCGUUCAGUGGACAUUCCCCAGUGUUACUCCCACUUCAGUGAUGUCUUCUGCCCAAGAAAGCCUCCACACCGGCCAUGGGACUGCGCUAUUGAUCUGCUUCUGGAUGAAUUUAUUCCGGAAGCUGUAGACAGCGUGAAGUCCAUUGAGGAACCAACUUCAACAGUAUAUUUGCAACCAAAAGCAAAGACGGCCAAAAAGAGAGGCAAACAAACUGCAGCCAGAAGAUGCUGGUCCGCCGAUGAAUGUGCUGCAGUGGAAAAGCACCUCAAGAAGUUCAUUACGAGGAACCAAGUCCCUGGAAAAAUGGACUAUACACUGGAAAGGGUGGACCCCACAACUCGCCAAAAAACGAGCGUGGGAAAGGCCGACAGCGGCAGGCCAUCCUGGGAGAACAUCCGUCCUCGUACAGCGACAACGGAUACGGCUCGCACUGCCCCCUGCUGCCUCUGCCCAGUAAUAACCGUUUCAAGCGCAGCUCUCAUGACGUGCCGGAGGUGGUGUCGUAUCCGCUGCCUCAGACCUCCUCCUACAUGAGCCACGCCUCCAGCUCUGUUGCCAUGGUGAGCGGCCUGCAUCCCGCCAAGAUGAACUGCACCCGCAUCUUCAACCUCUUCUGUCUGUACGGGAACAUUGAGAAGGUGAAGUUCAUGAAGAGCGUCCCGGGCACGGCUCUAGUGGAGAUGGGUGAUGAAUAUGCGGUUGACAGAGCGAUCACACACCUGAACAGCAUCAAGGUGUUCAGCAAACGACUCAACGUCUGCGUGUCGAAGCAGCACGCCGUCAUCCCCAGUCAGGUGUUCGAGUUGGAGGACGGCUCCAGCAGCUACAAGGACUUCGCCAUGACCCGCAACAACCGCUUCACCAGCGCAGGUCAGGCCUCCAAGAACAUCAUCCAGCCUCCGUCGUGUGUGCUGCACUUCUACAACGUGCCGCCCUGCAUCAGUGAAGACGACCUGCAGCGGUUAUGCACAGAACACGACGUCCCAGGAUUCAUCAAAUACAAAGUGUUUGAUGCCAAACCCAGUUCAAAGACCAUCUCUGGUUUACUGGAGUUCGACAGUAAGACUCACGCUGUGGAGGUUCUGACGGUUCUCAAUCACUAUCAGAUCCGGAUACCCAACGGUUCGAACCCGUACACGCUGAAGCUCUGCUUCUCCACCUCCUCACAUCUCUGAGCCGGAGCGACUCAAUCUCCUGCUCCUCUUCUUCGGUUUUUGUCGUCUUUGUUUUUUCAUCUGUGAAUCAAACCAGGAAACUGACAUACACACAAACACACACACACACACUUUCUCUGGAUGAUGUCAAUGACGGCGGGACCACGACAAACGCAGGAAGAGGCGAUGAACGACACGGGCUGUUUCGUUCCAUGUAUUUGCUAGUUAAAUUGUUUUCAGGGCGUUUUUUUGCAUAUGAUAAACACGACAUGAACUGAAACACUGAACUGACGUGUGCAUGACACAGAACAUGGAACACGUGUCAUUUAUUAUUUAUGUGUACAGCGGCAGGGGUUUACUAGAGACUAAAGGAUCACCUGCUGGGUUAACCGCUUAACUAGUCACAUGACCUGUAGUCUGUCUGUGCAUUUGUUGUAGUUCUGGGUUUGGGUAGAUGAUUGUGAGACUCUUUGAUCAAUGUCAGUAUGUUAGAUUGACUGCAGCCCUGAUCCAGACACACGAUCAUCAUGGCUUCAACACCAGCUGUACAGGAAAGUAGUUCGUUUGUAACUUCCUCUGUUCUUACUCUAGUUGCAGCGUUUGUUUUCAGAGCUCAUAAAGAUCACGCAGCAAAAUCAACUCUGCUCAGAGUACAUAUGGUCCCUCUCUAAAUAGUGUUAAAGGUCCCGUUCUUCAUGAUCCCAUGUUUCAAACUUUAGUUAGUGUGUAAUGUUGUUGUUAGAGUAUAAAUAAAAUCUG